UAGAAAAAGGAAAGGAUGUAGCAAAAUCAAGUUGGGUGUUGUUCGAACUUGCAAGUUGGCAUAAAUCGAGAGAAAAGAAGAAAAAUGGUGAUGAAAUUAAGGAUAGUGUAUUAAUGUGGAGUGUAUUAUUUGUUGGGAUAUAUUCAUGGAAUGCAACAUUGGAGAGUGAAGAAGCAGAGUCCGAAUACGCCUCCUUGACUCCCUAAACGCUGUGGAGUGUAUUAUUUGUUGGGAUAUAUUCAUGGAAUGAAGCAUUGGACAGUGAAGAAGCAGAGUCAGAAUACGCCUCCUUGACUCCCUAAACGUCGUACCCUUAACGGCUGUUACACCAAAUCAAAGGUCCACUCUAUUUCUCUCUCUUUCUCUCUUAUUUGUUUAAUUACCCCUUUUAGAGCACACCAUAAACAUAAAUCAAAGCUUUUGACAAUACCAAUCCACUGGGUUUGUUAAUGUACUUCUUUUUGUGUGUUUUUGUGUAUCAGUAGAUCUCUCCAGUCUCCACUACACUCUCUCCUCUGUUCCCCUAGACAGCGACACAUGGCGGAAAAGGGGAGUACCAGCGACCAAGCUGCAUCGGAGCGGUGUUUUCUGGAGUGGAUGAAGAUUCAAGAGGACAGCCAGAAGGAGCUUUUCCAAGCUCUGAAAGCCAUCGAAAACAGACCAAAUUCAAACCAUGAAGAAACAGAGCGCCAACUCACACAGCUUGUAGACAAGAGCAUCGAGCAGUUCCAAGACUACAUUGAUCGACGAAUGCAGCUAGCCAAAAACGACGUGUCGCUAUUCUUCGCCCCUGUUUGGUGCAGCACAAGAGAAGCUUCACUCCUCUGGAUCGCCGGUUGCCGGCCCUCUGUUUUCAUCCGUUUAGCCUAUUCCCUCACCGGGUACGAACUGGAGACCAGAAUGGCGGAAUUUCUUCAGGGGAUGAAGUCGAUGGAGGAAUUAGCUGGAGAGUUGACGCCGCAGCAAAUGGAGCAGCUGGACAGUCUGCAGAUGAGAACGAUAAAGGAAGAGGAGAGACUGACGUCGGAGCUGGCGAGGGUUCAGGAGGAGAUGGCGGAUCAGACGGUGGUGGGAAUUGCGAUGAGAUCAAUGAAAGAGGAAGGUGGAAGUGAGGAAUUGGAAAGGGCUUUGGAAAAGCAAGAUGGGGAAAUGGUGAGACUCAUCCAACAAGCCGACAAAUUGAGGAUCCGUACGCUGAAUGAGCUGACGGAGAUAUUCAGACCGUUACAGGCGGUGUUGUUCUUGGCAUUCAGUAAGAAGCUCCAUCUUAGCAUACGCGAAUGGGGACAACGAAGCGAUCGAAGGCACGGCAGAUUUCGUAAUUCCUAAAAAUUUAUAAUAUCAUAUCAAACAAAUUUUGGAACUCGCUUCACAUUUCACAAAAUUUAAACGGAACAAAACUAAUUUUAUGGUGUCUUAGGUUUGUAUUUUCUGUUCUUCUUUCGCAGCAUUAAAUUUAAGUUUAUAUAUAUUUUGUUCAUCCAUUAAAGAUUGCAUAUCA